ACGGUUAUUAGUCAUCAUCAUGAUCAUGACAAUGAUCACUGCUCUCUUGCCAACAGGUGGCCACCUUGCUGAGAGGGUGUGGGAGUGAGAUAUGGGGUGAACACCACAACCCUGACACACUGUCAGCAAACCCCAUGUGAAAGUCAUCUGGCUGUUGCUCCGUCUCUCCUCUGCAGAAAGAACAAAGGUCUCCAUGGACUUGCUGCGGGACUCCAGUCACACUAUGUGGGGACUGAACGCUCGCUUGAAGGACUUCCUGGAGCAGGUGAACAGGCUGCAGGAGGCCAACCAGCGGCUCGAGGCUCAGAUAGCCGACUGGUCCGCCAGGAGCACCUCCCGUUCCCGGGACUGGUCCCAUCAGGAAAAGACUGUAAAGGAGCUCCGCGUUCAGGUUGGUAACCUGCUGAUGGAGAAUGCCCAGCUGGCAUUACAGUCUGACAGCAUGACGUCCAGAGCUGCUGCCAUCCAGGCCAGGUGUGAGACGGAGGAGAACAACACCAGGCAUCUGGAGCAGCAGGUGGCUCUGCUGAGGGAGUCCAAGAGGAAGGCAGAUCAGAGCAGCACAACGCUGCAGGCCGACCUUCGCCACUCCAUGUCAGAUCUGCAGGAGAUGCACCAGGAGUUUGAGGCAGCCCGAGCUCUGCAGCUGCAGCGGGCCGACUCCUGCGAUGCUCUGUUAGCGACAGUCACAGCAGCAGCAGUAGCAAGAGGCGAGGAGGAGGAUGGCACAGGGAUGGAGCUUAUCCAGCUCCUCGACCGAAUCAGAGCGCAGUGUGACCAGGGCAGACUUCCCGGCCCGGGCGAGAGACACCUCAGCCUGGGUGCCGUGUCAAAUCCACCCUUCGGCUUGGUCAGGCCCAGCCGCUGUGGAGUGGCGGCAGCAGCUGCAUCCAGAAAACACGGAGGAGUUCUCAGUGAGGAAGAGGCAGCGUGGACGCAGGUGAGCCUCGGCAGCGCUGCCCUGAAGGAGGCUCGGGCCGAGCUAGCUGAGGCCAGAUGGCAGUGGCACUCCCUGCAGGUGGAGAUUGAGACCCUACAUGCCUUGGAGAAAGGACUGGAGAGCUCCCUGCAGAACACUCAGCAGCUGUACUCCAGCCAGCGGCAGGACCUUUCCCAGGUGAUCGUUGGGCUGGAGAGCGAGCUGGAGCAGGUGAGGAGCGGGCUGGUGACGCAGCGCGAGCGCCACGGCCAGCUCCUCAACACCAAAAUGAGGUUGGAGCGAGAGAUCGGCACUUACCGACGUCUGCUGGACCGUGAAGAGGGCAGGUACAUGGGCCGUAAUGGGCAGCCAACGGAUCUGCGGCCUUGGAGGUCCUCCGUGGAGGAGCCGAAGGAGAACGGGCUAGAGAACAGCUUCGGUGAUCCUGCAGUUACUCCGGACGAACCCAAGUCUGAGCCCCUCCCUGAAAUACCUUCACUCCUCCCAGCGGACAGCGGGCUAAAGAAAAGCAUACUGCACAGACAGCAAAGCCUUGUGAUACUCACAGAGCCAGAAAAAGAUAAAGACUUGCCAAUCUCCACUGUGAAGACUCAGGAGAUUCUUCAGGGCAAUGUGAUGCGGGAGAGUGCUGAGGGUCAUGGCACCAUUGAGACUGAGAAGAUUGACCAAGUGAUAAAGCAGUGGGAGGGCUCGUUCUUCAGAGGGAAUCCCAAGCUGCGCAAGAAGUCGGUGUCACUGCGCUUCGACCUGCACAUGGCUGCAGCAGACGAGGGGUGUGCCCAGACCAGACAGGACAGCCUCCCCGACGUGGAGGUGCGUCUGAUCAUGAAGAGAUCUCGCAGCAUCCCAGCCAUCACACAGUGACUCUCACUGGUUUGCCAGACUCAACACUGCAUUGCAGUUGUUUGUGGAAACCAUGGUGAUAUUGAAGUUACAGAAAUAACAGCUGGGUCAAUGACAUCUGGGAUAUUACUAUUACCACCGUACUUAAUAUGUAUUUUCAAAUCACAUCGUCCAGUGAACUUUGCUGACGACUGAAUCUGAUCAGCAUUACCCAUAAGGCUUUGGGACAUAUUUAUAGUGUCAGAAAACAUCAUUAAAUAUAUCAGACCGACAUCCAUUACCUUACAGGGGGAAACAAUUUGAAUAUGUAAACGUAUUUCUUCAUCAUCACUCUGGAUGAAGAAAAGUUUCUCCCAAUACUGUCAUUGUUUCAGUAGGUCACUGGACAAAAGAGAUUAUAUUGUAUGACUGUUUAACUAAUUGUAAUUAGUAAUAUUAAUUGUAAUUAACACCUGGCCCAGGAGGCUGAGUUAACAGGUGGAUGGAGAUAAUUGGAGGUGUGAAGCCACAGAUAACUAUAAACUCCUGUGAACUAUCUAAAGGUGGAUUUUUUGCAUUUCUUCUCUAAGAGACCUUACACACAUUAUCGGGAAGAGGGGUGCAGAAAAAUGAGAUGAUUGUGUUUUUUUAGUGAUUGAAUGUUAUCUCUUCAGUUAUCAGUUAAUUCUGCUAUUACAAUCCAAUAGCAAAUUGAAUUGUAACAAUUAUAAGCUAUAUUACUUUAACAUUUUGCUGGGAGGGUGUUGCAAUUUCUUUCUUGAUCGAGUCCCGAUGCUGAAGAGGGUCAUGCUUUUAAAAAAGUGUAACAUAAUGUUGCAUCCUCCCCCUUCCCACCCUCAUAAUUUCCCUACAGUCCCUAAAUGCUUGCACUGCAGACACAUGCACUUAGAAGAACAUCAGCACUAAUACACUCUGAUGUUGUGUAUAUUGAGGGUAUUUUGUCAUUAAAGUUCAUUCUCUUUGUGGAGAAAAAAAAAAUCUUGCAACUCAAGCCGAUAAUGUAGCUUUAUUUUACAAUGCAUUAUCGCAACAAAAAACACAACAAAACAGCUCACUGUGAUCUGAACAGCAGUGAGGCUCUUAAUGCUCACCAUGUGUCUCAGAGAAUUUAGAUUCCCUACCUCAACCAGAGGAGGGCAGUAUUUGUAAAUAGAUAACUCUGCAGUCAAUGCUCAACUCGGGUUGUGUAGCACAUGCUAUCUGUUACAUCUUAGAUUAUGAUGCUACAUUUUGAGUUGGCACCAAAGAUAUUAAAAAUAAGAAAAGGACCAUAGUGCAUUGCAUUUGGGUGCCUCAGAAUAUAUUAUAUUUAAAGGUAUUAGAUAUGCAGUUCUGUGCUUGACUUUGCUUUGCUUCAUGAAGGACACAUCAUUUUGGGAGCUCUGUAACUUCAGAAUUAAGAAUUGUUCUUUUAUCUAACAUGUUAUCAUUUAAAAUAAAAAAAAAUAGA